AUGUCGCGCGACCGCUUGGGGUUCAUGCUCCGAGAGAAUAUUGUUGAGGGAAGGCCCUCACGAAUGGAUGCCUACAGUGAUUACACCGGGUUUUCGAUUCCUCCCUGUGGGGAGUACGCCCCAAAAGCUGGCAGUAUCAGCGUACCGCCAUGGAUGCCUGCUAUAACCGGUGUAGGGAACUUUCAGAGACUAUCCCUGCAUCGUGAAAUUGAACAUUUCACAGCGUACAUAAGGCCAACUGACAAGGAGCUCGCGCUUCGGAGGGAUUUGGUCUCUCGUUUCGUCAAACUGGUCGAUAAAUUGGAUCCAGACGCCACUGUCCGGGUGCUUGGUUCCACUGCCAGCGGCCUUCACUACCCUACCUCCGACAUUGACAUGACUAUCACCUUUCGGGGUGUUAGUAAAUCUUCAUCGCGCUCCUCCUCCACUCGAACCCGGCUAUCCACCUUGGAACAUAAGAUCCAGUCGUCGGGCUUUGCGAGCAGGAUUGAUUCAAUCCUGAAUGCUGCGGUCCCGUUGCUUAGGAUAACGGACGCGAUGACAGGGUUGGAGAUUGACCUUACGGCGUCGGACGAGCGCGGGGUUAAGGGGACCAAGAUGGUGCUGGCCUGGACUAAUUCCGACAACUGGACCGUCAUUGAAAGCUUGGUCGCGGUCUUGAAGCUGUUCUUGUCGACGAGGAGGCUGGGUACGCCCUAUACGGGUGGGAUCAAUUCGUACCUGUUGGUGUGGAUGGUGGUUGCGUGGGUUCACCUCGAGUUGCCGAGGUUGUACAAGGGAAAGUGGAGAAAAGGGUAUUUACAUGAGUUUGACGACGUAGGCCCUGUAGCGGGGCCUUCUUCCUUCCCUUCGUCACCGAGGGCCGACGAGAGCGAGCCUAUUGAUCUAGGUGUUGCGCUCAGAGCGUUCUUCAAGUUCUAUGGCGAAGAUUUGGAUACCACGACGGCAUGCAUACGGUUCACUCCCACGGGCGUUACAUACGGCGUCAAGUCGUUCUCCUCCUCUCGCCGUGCGCACCAGCGCUACCUACUUUCCAUAACCGAUCCAGCAGACGACGACGUCGAUUUAGGUUCGAAGGCAUAUGCGUUUAAGCAUGUGCAGGCGAGCUUUCGGGAGGCUUAUCGUACCCUCGAGGCAUUGGAGGAUGGAACGGCUGAUAGGACGGAGUUGGUGAAGGCUAGGAUGCAGGGUACAUUGGGUUGCGUCUUGGGCGGUGAUUACGCGUACCUUGCUGAGAAGAGGAAGAGAAUCGUGGAUAGGUGGCGCAGAAAUAGAAAGACUGCCAUGAGUCAGGAUGCCGUAUCAUACAGCCACCGUUAG